AUGUCCUUAGAGAUACCCAGCAACGCCAAGAAGGAGCAUGUCGUUGUAGCAGAGCAAGCCAUAUUGGCGCUCGUUCGCCGAACACGACUCUCCCAACCUUCUCGUCGCACUCUGAAAGAGCUUUAUGAAGCUAGCUUCAAUAGCCUCCACGCUAGAAUGUGUCGAGACCUUCUUUACAAGUGGGUAGCUAUCAUGAAGAAUGCGAAAGGUUCGCCAUAUGUAGAGAGACCAAGCUGGUGGCCGGAGAGCGUCCGAUACACGUCUGCUGGCAAGUUGCGUGGCCCCGAGAUCAAAGCGGUUCUCUUCCAUCUUUUCUAUGGAGAAGACAGCUAUGUGCCGCUUAGAGCGUUAUACACCGCCUGCAGAGACAUUAAUAUUAGUAAAACUGACCAAAAGACUUUAUCAUGGACUUUCUAUAUUCGGAACGUUUGCAAGACCGAUACGAUGCUACGCCUACAUGAGAACACUGCAUUCCCGAAACAGGCGCAUUAA